AUGGCCGCCCGCGGUCGCCCAGCGACGGCCCUGGUCGCGGCAGCCGAGAGGGCAGCAGGAGAGCAAGCCGCAGAGGUGCAGGACGGUGCUUGUGACGGGGUGACAGUGCAGGUCGGCAGUGGUACUGCAGGCGGGGCAGCAGCGGAGGGGACGUUGUUUAGAGCGUUGGAGGCGGAGGAGGUGCGGAGGCAGGGCCAUCGCAUGGUGGAGUUCAUCGCAGACUACCUGCAGGGCGUGGGUGCUCGCCCCGUGCGCUGCUCCGUGCAGGUACGAUGCGUGUGCGUGUGCCGUGCUGUGCCGUGGUUGGCAGCACCAUGGCAGAAGCAUGGGAGUGUGAAAGAGCAAGGGACAGGGAGUGUGAGAGAGCAAGGGACAGGGAGUGUGAGAGAGCAAGGGACAGGGAGUGUGAGAGAGCAAGGGACAGGGAGUGUGAGAGAGCAAGGGACAGGGAGUGUGAGAGAGCAAGGGACAGGGAGUGUGAGAGAGCAAGGGACAGGGAUCACUUGUUUCUCCCUUGAAGCGCUCCUUUCCCCCCACCCCUCCUCUCCCCACACCCCUCCUCUCCCUCCUUCCACCGUUCUGCACCGCACAGACAUAUCGAGUGCCAUCCUGCCAGGCGUGACGCACUGGCAGAGCCCCUCCUUCUUCGCCUUCUUCUCCUCGCCCACCAGCGCCGCCGCCAUCUGUGGCGACGCCCUCAUCAGCGCCCUCAACGUGGUGGGCUUCUCCUGGGCCGCUGCUCCCACUGCCACGGAGUUGGAGGGGAUCGUUAUGGACUGGAUGGCUGACCUGCUGGGGCUUCCAGAGGGGUUCCACUCGGUGAAAUCAGGUGAAGAGGGGUGGGGGAGUGGGGGGUGUUCAUCUGUGGCGACGCCCUCAUCAGCGCCCUCAACGUGGUGGGCUUCUCCUGGGCUGCUGCUCCCGCUGCCACGGAGCUCGAGCCAUUGUCACCGACUGGCUGGUGGUGCUGGGGCUGCCCCAUGGGUUUCACUUGGUGGGCGGGGCGGGGGGGUGAUUCACGGCACGGCCAGUGAGGCGCUGCUGGUGGUGCUGCUGGCUGCCUGGCGGAGAGUGCUGGACCGCAUGCCCGAGGGCAAUGUGCGAGUGCUGCCCACCACGGCUGCAUCAGCAUACGCUCUCACUGCCCGCCAGCUGUUGGAUGCGGUGCAGAGCGAUGAGGCUGCUGGCCUCCUUCCCUUCUUCCUCAUCCUCACUGUAAGUUCGAGGUACCUUGCUGUUCCCUUCUUUCUCACUCUCUGGAAGUGGAAGCUACCUCGUUCCUUCCAAGCACAUGUCAUAGUGAGCCACCUCACGCACGAGACGGUGCGUGUCUGCCUGUUUGCCCGGCUGUCACCUCCAGCUGCAAGUUUUCCCACGUUGCAUGCCGCCGGUGCGUGGCGCCUCAUCUGCCUCAUCCGCCUCGCCAUCGCCCGGACUGACCCUGGAGUCCUGGCGUGCCUCUCACCAGCAAGCACUGCCAUGCGCUCAUUCCUUUCCACAUGCCUGCUCUGCUCCUCUGCCACGUCAUGCCAGGUUGGCUCCACAUCAUCCACUACUGUCGAUCCAAUCGCCCCUCUGGCUGCCAUCGCGAAGGAGCAUGGCAUGUGGGUGCAUGUGGAUGCGGCGUAUGCAGGCAUGGCGUGCAUGUGCACUGAGAUGCGCCACCACUUGGCAGGCGUGCACCUCGCCGACUCACUAGCCUCCAACGCCCACAAGUGGCUGCUCACCAGAUUCGGCUGCUGCUGCCUCUGGACCCAGGACAGCACGUCGCUGGUGGAGCAACUGUCUAUACUGCCCGAGUAUCUUACAAAUAAGGCAUCAGAGCGACAGCAGGUGGUGGACUGGGAGAUCCCCAUCGGCCGCCGCUUCAGGUCAUUGAAGCUGUGGAUGGUGCUGCGCAUGUAUGGUGCAGAGGGCAUCCGCGCGUACAUCAGGCGCCACGUGGCGCUUGCUGAGUGGUUUGAGGAGGCUGUGCGGCAAGAUGAGCGGUUCCAGCAUGCUACCCACGUGCUGCCUCUCCCCCUCCCCGUUGCUCCCCAGCUGAUGGCGCCACGCCCCUUCGCCCUUGUCUGCUUCCGCCUCAAGCCGCCCGCCCCUUCCGCCUUCACACACAGUGGGAUGGCGUGUGGAGGUGCGGGCGAGGGGGGGUUGGACAAGGGGGUGGAGGGCGCGGACGGAGGGAGGGAGGUGAACGCGGCGCUACUGGAGGCGAUCAACAGCAGCGGGCAGGCGUACCUCACACACACUGUGCUAUCAGGGCAGUACACGCUGCGCAUGGCAAUAGGGGCGGUCAAGACGGAGAUGACGCACGUGCAGGCGGCGUGGAGGCUCAUCCAAACAGAAGCUUCCAAGUUGCUGCAAGAAUGCAAGUUUCCAACUUCAAGAGGGCAAGAAGAAAUUGCUUCAGAAAGAUGA